ACAGCGGCCAGAGAUCACUGCAGUGCAGUAGCCAACCAGCAACCAGCUAGCCAACUUGUCUACUAACAGAGAAAUAUGGAUGAAACGAUGAUACAAGUCAACGGCUGUCAGACUGACCCCCUCUACACGGGCCCAUAAUCAUGUCCACAGAUGACAGUAUAUCUGAGGAUGUGUCCAGCUCGGGGGCUUUGAGCCAUUGCCAUGUCAGUGCUGACGGGGAUGGGGGUAAGGAGAGUGAGACCUCUUUGGUGUCCUCUGAGGGGACGUCAGCCUCGGGGCUGGCUGUCUCAGAGGGCAGACACACAACCUCCCAAACAACAGGAGGCACUGUGGAGAGCCGGCCCAUGGACAUCACACCAGCAUGUAACAAGAUCAGGAGUCUGUGUCUGAGCACAGAUGAAGCAUUUGAACAAGGGAAGAGCCUUCCAUUCAUCAACCCAAGUUCCCUUGAGACCCUUAGGGCUUUGGUGCAGGAGAUCCAGAGCAGUGGAGAGACAGACCCUGAGAUCUGGAAGGAUUGUGAGGGCCGAUGGUUGCAUCUGUUUCAGCUGGUUGAGAAGCAAUACCAAGAGCAAAUACUCGCUCAGCAAGAACAAUACCAGUGCCAAAUACAGUUGAUUCAGGAUGAAAUUAAGGCCCUGGUUCAGCUCCAGAACCGCCAGGCCAGCGUCCAGCCACACACAGAGUUCUCUCCAACUGCGAUGACCAAAACUACCACAAACACAAAGGACUAUAUUUUCCCUCUCCUCUCCAGUGAUAGCACAGUCUCCAGAAAUGUGACCAGUGACAAUGACUUUCUGGCAGCCCCUGUCCAUACCCCCUUUAGCUCCCCUUCGCCUCCGCUCCAGAGAUCAGAGACCGCCAACCAGGGGGAGGAGCGGGCAACCACAGUGCUGAGCAGUGGGUACGGGACUCUGUCUGCUUGGGAUACAGGUCUGGAACAUGUUGGGUCUCCGGGGGAAGAUGAUGAUCAAGGGAGGGAGAAACAAAACUGGCCCUCUAACCUCCAGGAAGAUCCAGAGACAACUGUGAUUGGGUGCCAGCAGGACUUUUCCAAUGAGACGACUCUCGGAUUGGAGGAACCUUAUCCACCAGUCUACCAGCAGAGAACCUCUGGCACCAGCCAGCCAUUGACCUCCUGGGCCCAGAGGCAGAAACUCAGGCCCAAGAAGAGCAAAGCAGGACAAGCUUCAUCCCAAAUCCCUGAGUACCUGGACCAGCCACGUAAAGAAUCCCAAAAGCAAAUCCCCCUGGAGAGCUCUGACUCCCAGGACCAGCAGCGACCGGCUGGGCCGUCAUCCAGCUCUUUUCCCCUGAGGAGGAGUGACAGCCUGAUGUCUGAGGCAUCAGGUAACAAUUCACUGACUCAGACAAAACACAGAACAGCAAGGCUUUGGCCAGUGUAAAGAAAUCACUAACCA